AUGACCAACAAAGUAGCCCUCGUGUCGGGCUCGUCAAAAGGCAUCGGGGCUGGAAUUGCGAUAGAACUCUCAAGCCGUGGCGCGAAGAUCGUUUUGAACUACCCUUGGGAUUCUUUGAAACAAGAAUGCGAGGCCACUGGAGCGAAACUGCAAACAGACUGGAUCGCGGUCUGUGCCGACCUCACGUCAGAUGACGGGCCCGAGGAAUUGGUGCGACAAGCAGUGGCAAGGUUCGGUCACAUCGAUAUCCUCGUGAGCAACGCCGGAUAUGUGCCCAUUGCACACCUCUGGGACGCUGACUUGAGCAUGUGGGAUCAAGCCAUGAAUUUGAAUGCACGUGGCGCUUUCGCACUGGUCAAAGCAGCGCUAUCACAUCUCACGCCUCACAAGCCGGCCAUCCCUCCGAGCAUGUCCGGAGCUAUUGACGGCUCACGAAUCAUUCUGGUAGGGUCAGCGGCGUCUCGAGUUCCGAAGCCGGCACAAGGAAUCUACGCCGCGACCAAAGGGGCUUUGGAUGCAAUCUUGCGCGUUUGGGCGAAGGAACUGCCGCCGAAGUACGGCUGCACGGUCAACAUGGUCGCGCCUGGUCCGGUACUUACAGAGAGCUUUUUGGAGCACUUUUCGCCAGAAGAAUGGGAAGGAUUAAGAGAAGUCUUGAUUAGGGAUACGCCAGUGGAAGGUGGUGCGGCAUCUGUUGACGAUGUCGCAUGGGCAGUCGCGUUCCUGGCCGAAGAGCGAUCACGCUUCAUCAAUGGCGAGUUUAUGUUUGUGACAGGCGGAGUGUCCAUGCAAUAG